AUGGUAGGGAAACAAGUAGUUGUCCGUCAAGUUUGGGCAAGCAACCUAAAAUCUGAGUUUUUCCAUAUCCAGAAAGUAAUUCGUCAAUACACUUUUGUUUCUAUGGACACUGAAUUCCCUGGCACCAUCUUCCAGUCAACUCUCAACAAGCAUUUUCUCUGCUAUGCUCCAGAUUAUACCUACUAUCUCAUGAAGCUCAAUUUCAACUUUAGGGAUUUCGAUCUGCAGAGUGAUCCCCAUAAUGCUGAGUCCAUUUACUUACUUGAAAAACAAGGAACUAAUUUAAAGAUGCAUAGAGAAAAGGGUAUUGAUUCUAGGGAUUUUGCCAAGUUGGCUCUUAGUUCUGGCCUUGUUUUCAACUAUUCCUUCACUUGGAUUACAUUUUUCUUCGUGCUUAUGAUUUGGCUUUCGUCAUUAAGAUUUUAA